AUGGAAACUAAUCCUGGUAAGCCGGAGACUCUUUGUCACGUUUGUGGCGACAAGGCAUCGGGCAAGCAUUAUGGCGUGCCAUCAUGUGAUGGCUGCAGAGGAUUCUUCAAAAGAAGCAUCAGACGAAAUCUCGACUAUGUUUGUAAGGAAAAUGGACGGUGUGUCGUGGAUGUAACCCGUCGUAACCAAUGUCAGGCCUGCCGGUUUUCCAAGUGCUUAAGAGUGAACAUGAAGAAAGAUGCGGUGCAACAUGAACGAGCACCGCGGCCAGCAGUGACGGCGGCUCAUCAUCAAUUAACUCUCCAGAAGCUGGGUUACAGCCUCAACCGACAACAGGCGUUCUUCCCCACUCCCACACCUCUCACAUUCAGCGGUUUUCCCCCUCUCCAUACCUACAGUCAUCUCGCCCACCCACCGGAUGCCUCAUCUAAUGUACACACCUCCUUUUUAGAAACUUCCUUUCAAGGCUUCCCCACUUCGAGACUUCCCGAAACGUUGCCGACGGACAUGGCCCAACUCAAUCCACUGCUCAACUCUCAAAUCGGACCGCUCAAUACAAUGAGUCCGUUCAAGAUACCUCUUUUCUCAAAUACGUUGCCCUAUCCACUUCCACAUCAUGGAUAUUUCCCGACUAAUAUUUUCUAUCCGCCCAUGAUAUCGAACGAGAGUCCCGCGACGGUGGUGAUGCAAUCGAUGAGUAGAGAUCAAGCUCAUGGAAGUAAUCCUUCAAAACUGUCAUUACCAUUCGAACACACUGAUAAACCCGACUCUCAACUAUCCGAAAAAAUUAAGGAGGAUGAAGUUUCAAGUUCAGAAGAAGCUUUUGUAAGGGAAUGUUCUCCUGAAGAUGUCAGCAAAGAUGGUAUCAUGGCAACACAACUACAUUCCAAGCGACCAAACUUUAAAGAUGAAUUAGGAAAACUAAGUAUUCUACUGCAACGGAUAUGUCAAUGUAGAUUAGAUAAAUCUGAAUAUGACUGGUUGAAAUCUGCACUAUUGUUUCGUACAGGUAAAUUAGAAAGGAAUGAUCACAAGGAUCCAUUUAGUUUGUUUCUAUUUAUAGACGCAGUGGACGGCCCUUCAACAUCGCAAAUAGAAAACGUACAGGAGCAAACGCUUUUGCUGUUACAAAAGCAUUGUUCAACCAAGGACUCGACGCGCUUGGGGCGGAUUAUGAUGCUGCUGCCCAGCAUAUGUUCUUUCGCGAAUCAGAGCUUUCUACAGAAUUUACUUUUUCCUUCCACUUCUAUAGACGAAGUUAAUGCAACUUUAACGAGAAUACUGAUGUUUACCACGACGUAA